AUGAGUUUGGGUCAUAGAGUAGCCCCCGAUCUUUUCUCUGAACCCUCCCAGAGAGCUGAACCUUUUAUUGCAAUGCAUCUUCAGUCUGCAAAGAAUGAUGUCCAGAGUGCCGAAGUAAUGUUAUCAAACAGCUUGAACAACUCACAAUUCAUCAGAAGUAAUCCCUCAGAAUCAGCUCUCAGUGAUUCUACGAAAAUUAUCUUGAAGAGUCGGAAAAAGGCAGAAGAGGGCACAACAUAUAUUAAAUAUGGAGGUUCAGAGAUAUUUACCAGAUGA